AUGGCCGAGCGUGCGACUAUGCUCGCAGCCAUCCGCCAACACUUGCUCCGCGCCCAGCAGCGGAUGAAGGCCCAUGUCGAUAAGCAUCACUCGAAGUGGUCCUUCAACAUCGACAACUUCGUCUACCUACGUCUGCAGCCCUACAUCAGUCAUCGCUGGCUCCGCGCGCCCACUAGAAAGCUCUGCUUCAAGCCUUUCGGCCCCUACAAGAUCGGCGACGUCGCCUACAAGCUGCUGCUUCCACUAGGAUCGUCGGUACACCUGGUCUUCCAUGUCUCAUUGCUGAAGCCGGCUCCACCUCUAUCAGCUUGGUUGUUCCUACGCUGCCUGACCCUUGAUGGUCUCCAAGUGCUAGAGCACAUGCUGCAGCGCCUCUUCAUCCUCAUCGUCGGCGCCAUCCCUCAGCUCCUCAUCAAGUGGUCCGGCCUCAACGACGACCUGACGACGUGGGAGGACGCCGACGCCAUCAAGCAGCAGUUCCUGGCCGCACCGGCGUGGGGACACGCCGCAACCCAAGGAGAGGGCGGGUGUCAGCACUCCUUCCCCUGA